CGAACGAGUAACGUGACACUUUCAUGUUUCUAUUUCCCCCAAUGUCGAUCACAAGGCACCAAGUGGAGAUUUCCGGGAUUUUUUUUCAAUUGAUGUCACGCUGAUCGAAAAGUUGGGGGGGAAGAAGAAUGGGAAGCCCGUGUGUCUGUGUCUGUGCCUUUUUCAAGACAAAGGGUCCAACACGAGGUUAAGAAGAUGAUCGUCAUGGAGAAGAAGCUCGACUUCGCUACUAGUAGAACAAACCUCGACAACUACUCGUACUCCUGUUCUCUUCCGCCUCACUUCGUACGUACAACUUGCUACAAGAUUUUGCCCAGACACUUACGACUUAACACAUCUAACAUUCGUUGCGGAGUCACAUGGAGAACUGCCAAUGCAUGUUUGUUGCAGAUCCAGCCAGGUCCACCACACACACACAGGGUACGGAAAUUGUAACAAGUACGAGUACUCGAACGGAGUACUUGUACCGACGAAGAAUCCAUCAGGAUAAUUGAUCAACCCUACUCCUCCACAUCGCCACCACCGCGCACGAGUCCUUCCGUACUGUUACAGGCGUCGUCGACACUCAAACCUCACCAUUUCAAGCAAUGGGCAAAGAUACAAACCCCGAGUUACCUGAUGAAAGUGUGGCGGUAAACCAUCCCGAAGUCAACAACGACGACGCACUUGUCGAACUACGAGAAACCUAUGUCAAGCCUGGCUUCAGAGGUACUCUGCAAUCCAAAUAUGUCGUCCUUUGCGCCUUCAUCGUCAGGCUCGGUGGGUUCCUUUUCGGAUAUGACCAAGGUGUCAUUUCCAUCAUUCUUGUCAUGGACCAAUUCACCGAUCGUUUCCCUCGAGUUUCAGAUACUGCCAGUGGUGGAGGGUUCUGGAAAGGAUUAAUGACGGCCAUGAUUGAACUGGGCGCGUUUAUCGGCGCUUUCAAUCAAGGUUGGAUUGCCGAAAAGAUCUCUCGAAAAUACUCCAUCUGCGUCGCCGUCUGCAUCUUUGUCGUUGGUUCUGUUCUACAAACCGCCGCUCAAGAUUAUGCCAUGCUCAUCGUCGGUCGAUUGAUUGGUGGUAUUGGGAUUGGCAUGUUGAGCAUGGUCGUCCCCAUGUACAUUGCCGAAGUGUCACCACCCGAGAUUCGAGGCACUCUUCUGGUCUUGGAAGAAUUCUCCAUCGUCUUCGGCAUCAUCUGCGCGUACUGGCUCACGUUCGGUACUCGUUACAUUGGCGGCGAAUGGUCCUACCGUCUACCGUUCUUGCUACAAAUCUUCCCGGCCAUCCUCCUCGGCAUUUCCGUCCUCUUCAUCCCAUUUUCGCCGAGAUGGUUGGCCUCCAAGGGUCGUGACCGGGAAGCCCUCCAGGCCCUGGUCAAACUUCGACGAGUCCCCGAAGACGACCCCCGGAUCCAAGCCGAGUGGUACGACAUCCGAGCCGAAGUGGCCUUUCACAAGGAAGUCGCCAUACAGAAACAUCCGAACUUGGGGUCUCCCGGUCAGAGGACGAGAUCCCAGGCCCUCAAACUCGAAAUCGCCUCGUACCUUGACUGUUGGAAACAAGGUUACUGGCGACGAACCAUGGUCGGUGUAGGAUUGAUGUUCUUUCAACAAUUCGUCGGCAUAAACGCCUUGAUCUACUACUCUCCAUCAUUAUUCGAAAGUUUCGGUAUGAAUUACAACAUGCGUCUCGUCCUGGGUGGAGUUUUGAACGUGACCCAACUCGUCGGCGUCUCUACAUCUCUUUACACCAUGGACGCCUAUGGUCGUCGUCCACUUUUAUUGAUCGGUAGUGUCUGCAUGACCAUAGCUCACGUCAUCAUUGCAGUCCUGGUCGGACUAUACUAUGACGAUUGGACGAAUCACAAAGCUCAAGGUUGGGUGGCUGUUGGGUUUUUGUUCUUUUACAUGUUGGCAUUCGGAUGUACUUAUGGACCAGUGCCAUGGGCUAUGCCAUCCGAGAUUUUCCCCAGCUCGUUACGUUCUAAAGGAGUCGCUUGGAGCACUUGCAGCAACUGGUUGAACAACUUCAUCAUCGGACUCAUCACUCCUCCCUUGAUCCAAAAUACGCGCGGGUUCGGGGCGUACACGUUCUUCGCCGUCUUUUGCGCCCUGAGUUUCGUCUGGGCCUAUUUGUUCGUGCCCGAGACAAAGGGAAGAAGUUUGGAGGACAUGGACCGUGUCUUUGGUGACCGAGCCGCCGUGGCCGACCGGGCUCGUAGAAAGGAAAUUCUACAAGAGUUGAAGACUAAGGACGGAAUCCGGAACCGAGAAGAAAUCAAGGCCGCGUGAAGGGGUAUGAACUCAAGUAGUUUUGGUACGAACUUUUUUCGAACAACCAAGACAAGGACAUUACCAAAACGGAACUGAUACUACUUCAACGUUGGCUUCAUCAUCCCUCGCCACCCCCUCGUGGAGUCAAUCGCAAAUCACCAAGGCAAUUUCGUCCCAUCGUACUUCCACAACCUGACCUCGUCAUUCACCGUCAAGCCUUCCACAAUCUUCAUCAUACCCUUGAUGCUCUCCUCGGGUUCGAUGGUGGCCAGACCGAUCCUCUUCGCCAAAGGGGCGACCGUCUCCGUGGCCACCACACC